AUGCAAGAGGUGAUCCCCGAGGCUGAGGAGGACACCCAGGUGGUGGUCCCUGAGGCCGAGGAAGAGAAUGCCCAGGAGGUAUUCCCCGAGGCCGAGGAUGAAAACACCCUAAGACACCCAAGAGGCGGCCAACGAGCCCGAGGAGGAGGACACCCAGGAGGUGGUCCCCGAGGCCAAGGAGUUCACACAGGAGAGGUGGCACACAAGGCCGAGGAGGACACCCAGGAGGUGGUCACCGAGGCCGAGGAGGAAGACACCCAGGAGGUGGCCUACGAGCCCGAGGACACUCAGGAGGUUGUCCCUGAGGCCGAGGAGGACACCCAGAAGGCGGUCAAGGAGGAGGACACCGAGGAGGUGGUCCCUGAACCCAAAAAGGAGGACACCCAGGAAGUGGUCCCCGAUACCGAGGAGAAAGACACCCAGGAGGUGAUUCCCGAGGCCGAGGAGGACACCCAGGUGGCGGCCCAUGAGACCGAGGAGGAAACUAAGGAGGCGGACCAUGAGUCAGAGGAAGACACUCAGGAGGUUGUUUCCGAGCCCGUGGACGACCAAAGAGGUGGCACACGAGCCCGAGUGGAGAUGGUCCCUGAGGCUGAGGAGGGCACCAAGGAGAUGGUCCUCGAGGCCGAAGAAAAUACCCAGAAGGUGGUCCUCGAGGCCAAGAAGGACACCCAGGAGGUGGCCUGCAAACCCAAGAAGGAGGACACCAUAGAGGAUGUCUCCGAGGCCGAGGAGGACAUCCAGGAGGUGGUCACCGAAUCCGGGGAGGAUACCCAAGGGAUGGCCCACGAGCCCGAGGAAGAUAUUCAGGAGGAGAGGCGGUCCCUGAGGCUGAGGAGGCCACCGAGAGGUAUUGUCCCUGAGCCCGUGGAGGACACCGAGGGGGUGGUCCCUGAAGCCGAGGAAGACAUCCAGGUGGUGGUCCUCAAGCCCGUUGAGGACCAAAGAGGUUGUUUGCACACAAGCCCGAGGAGGACACUCAGGAGAUGGUCCCCAAGGCCCAGGAGGGCAACCAAGAGAAUGUCUCCGAAGUUGAGGAGGACACCCAGGAGGAGGUUCCCGAGGCCGAGGAGGACAUCUAAGAGGCCGCCAAAGAGCCCGAGGAGGAGGACGUCCAGGAGGUGGUUCCCGCGCUCGAGGAGGACACCCAGGAGGUUAUCCCUGAGGCCGAGGACGACAGCCAGGCGGUGGUUACCGAGGCCGAGGAGGCGGCCCACGAGCCCGAGAACAUUUGAGGAGCCUGAGACAGUCCUGAAGGCUGAGAUGGCUUACGAGCCCAAAAUGAAGCUUAAGAGGUGGUCCACGAGCCCGAGAAGGAAGCCUAAAAGGUAG